AUGGCCUUAUCGGGCCUUGCUCGUCUUCUCUUGUUCCUGGCGGGCGCUGGGCUUCAUAACCUCGUUGGUGGUGAGCCAUACUCGAUGUCAUCAUCGAGACCUGAUGAUACGAUUUGGGCGGAUGUCAGUCCUGCUGGCCCUGAAUGGGCCUGUCUUGCUAAGACAAACGACACCACUGCCGCGGCCUCCGCUCCCGCUCCCACCGCGGACCAGCCUGCCCCCGCCACCAAUAAACGCAGGCUUUGCCACAUCUGUGGCAAGUCCCACACAGGGGACUGCUGGCCCCUGUGUGGGACUUGCGGGCGCCGGCACCCAGGUGAGAAACCAUGCCGCACUGCCACCCGCCGCCAGCCCGCUCGCCGCCAGCCAGCAGCCCACCAGCCACCAACGGUGGUUGCCAACUACACCUGCAACAGUGAUGGCCAUGCCAUCACCAUAUCCGCCCAGCCAACAUCUGCACCCCCGCCUGCCAAAAAACAGAAAAGAAGGAAGCGGCCAAACAAGGCCAAGAAGAAGGUGGAAGAGAAGAAGGAAGAAGAGAAGGAGAAGGACGUCGAGCCGGCGCAAGAGGGCGAAAAGCCUAGCUCUGAGUGA